AUGGCAAUUCAACAGUGCAUAAAUUUAGUUCAGACACAGGUCUGGCUUACAGUGAGUCCGUUAGCAGACAAGACAUCUCAGAGACUAAUUGAGAUUAAUUGGAGAAAUGCCCCCAAAACUAACCAAAACGAUUGGAUCGGAAUAUUCACAUCCGACCCAAUCGAUAGCACCGGUGCUAUCAGGAAGCUCGUGGUCGAUGAUAGGCUUAAUGGCUAUAAUGUGUGA